AUGGAAUACGUUCUCACCAAGGCCUGGGCACAAAUCAAAUGGGAGGAGGAUGAAGAUAAAUAUUAUCACUCUUCUCCAAUGAAAGACACUCAAAGAGACUCAAGGGUAGAUAGACAACAGAGUGGCAGACGAUCCGAGCCAUACCCGUAUCCUAGCAGAUCAGAGAAUAGAAGGAGGGAGUACAACCAAUCGCUUGAGACACGUCUCCAAGAUGGACCAAAGAUACCAGAAUACAUUCUUUCAAUCUCACUAGCUGAAGUCGUUGGCUUACUAAAAAGACUCGGAGACAAAGUAAAAUGGCCGGAAAGGAUGAGGACUCCAUCUGACCAACGAGACAAAACAAAAUGGUGUGAAUUCCACAAUGACCAUGGUCACCGAACGGAUGAGUUCAUCGCCUUAAGGCUCGAAGUAUCCAACCUAUUAAGACAUGGUCACCUGACUGACCUGCUCACAGACAAAGGCAAACAAACAUUCCAACAGAAGGCAGACAUGUCAGUCGUUCGAAGAGAAGUUACCCCACCGAGACCACCUACUCAUGAAUGGACAGUGAACGUAAUAAUUGGUGGCUCUGAGGUAAGUGGAGUCACCCAUUCAGCAGCCAAAAGACAUGCCAGGCAGACCAACUGGAUCAAAGGAGAGUCCAGUGGGACAAAGAAGAAUGCCAUCAACCUACUAGCUCAAACCAUUAGUUUCUCAACAACAGAGUCAAACAGACUCCUCAACCCGCAUCACGAUGCUCUUGUUAUUGCACUUUACAUUGCUAACUAUCUUACUAAACGUAUACUUAUUGAUAAUGGUAGUUCAGCUAACAUUUUGUUUUUAAGUGCUCUCAGGGAAAUGGGGAUAGAUGAAUCAAAGAUCAUAAAGAAGACUACAAUCCUCAUCGGUUUCAGUGGAGAGCAAAAGAACACACUAGGAGUCAAUCUGUGCACAAGAUUCCAGGUAGUAAACUCUCUGUAUGCUUACAACAUGAUACUAGGUCAACCAUGGAUACAUGAAAUGGAGGCAUUCCCUUCAACAUACCACCAAGUUCUAAGGUUCCCAACUAAAUGGGGGGUAAAAGAAAUCAAAGGCCAGGAGAAAGACUCAAGAGCAUGUUACUAG